CCAUGACGUCGCAUAUACGUGCCACGCUUUGGUCACCUGACCACUGUGUACAGUGACGUAAGUUCCAACUGAGCAUGUAACCAGGAAGAGACUGCUCAAAACUCAACAUGCUAACUGAAGAUACCAAUGAUGAAGACGUGUCUCUGUUUGACGCUGAGGAGGAUGCAGGGAAAAGGUCAAAGAAGACGAAUAUUAAGCAUCCACUGGCCUCCUUCUUCCACCUCUUCUUCAGAGUCACUGCCAUCAUCGUGUACCUGCUCUGUGAUAUUUUCAGUAGCACAUUCAUCGCCUGCAUGGUCACGAUAAUCCUUCUGCUCUCAUGUGACUUCUGGACAGUCAAGAACAUCACUGGGAGAUUGAUGGUUGGUCUGAGGUGGUGGAACCAGGUGGACGAUGAUGGACGCAGCCACUGGGUGUUUGAGUCUAGGAAGGGGACUGUGAAGCAGCAAGCGUCAGAUUCCGAGUCACGAAUCUUCUGGAUCGGACUGAUCGUUUGUCCCAUCAUGUGGGUCAUCUUCGCUUUCAGCACCCUCUUUUCCUUCAAGAUUAAAUGGGUGCCUGUGGUGAUCAUGGGAGUGGUGUUGCAAGGGGCCAACCUCUAUGGUUAUGUGCGGUGUAAAGUGGGAGGCAAGACCAGCCUAAAGAAUAUGGCUACAAAUUAUUUUGGACGACAGUUCCUCAAACAGGCGCUGUCUAAAGAAGAGGAAUCGUAGAGUGCAGCUCUGCGAUUUUAACAUGUUUGCAUUAUUCUUAAUGCUAUUAUGUAUAUUCUCUUAGCAAGUGGGUAUACAUACAUAGAAAGACAUCUUUUUGCAAUAUGAACUGAAAAUAACCAUUUUGGAUUUUUCUUUUCUUACUAAUGUGCUGUUUGACUCAAUCGGUCCCAAUAGAGAGUUUUCCUUUUUUUCCACAGAGACGUUUGGUAGCUGCCUCCAAUAACUGGAGCCCAGCACUAAACCUUCACAUACUUUAACUGAUACUUAAGCUUAAAUGCAUGAGGGAAUAAAAGGGUGUAAUGGCUUAAAUUGUUAAACUGUAGUUUGAUGUGUCAUGUAGUCUCAAAGCUCCCUGAGGUAUCUUAUUUAGUUUGUCUUAUUUAGUUUGUUUUCAUUGCCUCUUAACUUAAAACUAUAAUUGUUGUUUCUGAAAGGUAUCAUACAAACAUUUUGGUUUGUAUAAUAGACAAGGUUGUAAAGUAACAGUGUAAAGUAUUCCAAGAGUUUGUAAAUAUGUAUGUAAAGAAACUAUGUGGAACAUCUUCUUUUGUGCAAAUACAUUUGUAACAUUUUC